AUGGUUGAAAAUAGUGAAGAGUCGAAUCGCGAAGAAUUAAUCUUCUUUGAUACAUUUUCUCACGAUUUACACGAGAAGCUCAAUCUUGAUUUAGUUCAAUUUCGACAAAAUCCAGUGUACAUUUCGGAGAUUCGUAUAAUUCCGUUGGGUGCUCGAGUUCAAGCUGAUUUUCCAGGUGGUGGAAAUCGAUUAGGAGCAACAAAUCCCUCUCAAUUCGAUAUAGAGUUUUUUGUAAAUGAUCUUAGUGUAAAUGUAGCAAGUACUUUUGAGCGUUUGGGCAAAUUCUCCUACAAUCAAAAUGAGUGCAUCAAUUUCAAAUGCAAGGAUGACAUGAGACGAAUUCCGACCGAUGGACUAGUUUUGAAGGGAUAUUAUACAACAAUUACACUUGCCGUUUAUGGAAAUGUCAUAAGUUACGGAAGUAUGCAGAAAAUUGUUGGAAGUAACAAUGUUGAAGGGAGUGCUGUCCAAAUAUCUUCAAAUGAUGAGACUAAUGAAAGUGAAAAUGGUGAAAUUUAUAAUACAAAUAAUCACCAUAAUGAUUUUCAGGAUCAAAACUCCUCAUGUGAUCCAACAGUCUCGUCAACGAUUGCCGACGAUUUAAAGGAAGGUGACCAACCAAAUUUAUCUCCUGCUGAUAUUUACUCGAGAUCACCGAGUAAGGAACAAGAUCUAAUAAAGACUAAACGUGAUUGGUCAACAAGUGACAGUCCAGAAGAAAGUUUUCAGCAUAACAAGAGACUAAGAUAUGACCGUCGUAAACCUCGUUCACCCCCACUCCAAUCACCGAGAAUAUCUCGUCCAGAAUCCGAUGAUGAGUUGUUGAAAAAGAAUAAUCAUUCACUGGAUAAUGAUUAUGUCGAUCAGUCAACACAUUUAUCGACCACAUUCUGUCCAUUAUCUCCAUCGUUGGUCAACAAUAAUACUCCGAUAGAAUCACCAACAGAGAUGGAAGAUAUUGAACCUAUUGAAUUGGAACCAAUUUUAAGUGAUGACGAUAUCAUGGACGAAGUAAACGGACUAGAUGACUUUACGGACGAAAUGUAUGUUGAAGAAUUUUCCAUCAAAAUGUUUAAUCCAUUUACAGACAAUCUAAGAAAGGCAGAUCAGAAACCUCAUGAUAAGUGCAAGGUUGAUAAAUUAAGAGAACAAUUGCAUAAGAUGACAGAGACAUACAAUAAGACGUUUAGUCAUCGUGAGAUGCUCAAUGAAAAUUGGUUGACAUUUUGCGAGCAAUUAAUUCAUUGCCUGCAUUCAUCAACAGAACAAAUUGAAAUUUUUACUCAAACCAUCGAUGUUAAUGUCAUGAAUGUCAUUUUAUCGUGCAUAAAGAUCGGUUUAAGCUAUUCGGAAUCGACAAAAUAUCAUCAAGCUGGAUGUAAUCUUCGUCAUUUAAAAGCAGGCAUUCGACUUGUUGAAUGCUUUGCCAAUAAUUCGACCGUCUUUAAGUGGAUCAUUCAGGAUCAAAAAUAUAAUUUGUUUAAAAAUCUCUUUGAUCUAUUUCCGUGUCAGUUAGUUCCAAUGCCAGUGAAAUUACUUGUGGCUCGAGUUGUUCAUAAGCUAAUUGAUACUAGUGACGGAAUUAAUGAGUUUAUAGAAUUCGAUGGAUAUAAGAACAUAGUGACUAUGUUGAGCUCAAUUAUUGAUAUUAGGUUGCUCUAUACACUAAAACAAAUUUUGAAGAAAAUGCAUGUCUAUGAGACAUUACAAAGUAUCAAGAAUUUAUCAAUUGAAAUAUUUCGAAAGUGUAAACGGACCGAACAGUGUUGUGAUUAUGAACAAAUUAUAGAACUUGAAAAUUUAUUUGCAGCAUUAAUUGUGUCACAUAAACAAGAUAUCUUACAGACUCGAAAGUUUGUUCCAAUUGCAAGCCAAUUUGAGAUUCCGUCGAAAGUUAAAUCGCCAGAUUUUGUGUCGUUUUAUAAAAUUCACAGCUUUAUGGAGACAUUAGUGCUGUUGUUAAAUGUCAAGAAUUUUAUUUCAUCGAAAUUAACGUUUUUAGUGUUCAAUUAUGUCCGAUUGAUGCUUAACAAUUCAAAAGAAUUUAACUACCUUUCCGAUAACAUUGACAUGUCCAACGAUCUUGUCAGAAUGUUAUUGGAAUUAACUAAUAAUGAGACUAUGACUAGCAAUGAGACGACAACAACGACAGCAGCAGUUACGACAACAAAUAGCAGUGACGAGACACUCAAGAAUCUUAAUAUUGAUAUUGGACUAGAGAUUGCAUACAAGAUGGAAACAAAGUAUCUUAUGGACUCGAUUAGUCAAUUGACAGAUGAAAUUGAUAUUGCUGAAAAGUUGGACUCACUUUACUAUUUAUGUGUUGGAAUUGGAAAGAAACAUGUGCUGGAUUAUGUGGCUAUGGACGAUAAUCUUUGUGUGUUCCUAAAUCUGAUUGAUCGCGAGAAGAAAGUAAGUGCGGCACAUGGAUCGCCUGGAUUUAAGCAUAAAUCUCCAGUUUUAAGUUAUUGUAUUGAUAUUGUGGACUUUGUUGUGAGAAAUGUCGAGAAUUUGGAUUAUUUGAGAAAGUAUGAAGGAGUCCUCUUGAACCUCGUUAAACAUCAUGACUCAUUUGAGCCGUCUGUAGCUGCAAUGCUUCAAGAAAUGUCUGUAUUUUUGAAGCCACUGGAAGUAGAUAAAUUAUUCAAUUAUGAUGAUCUUACACCGUUAAUUGAAAUCAUUAAAAGGAACGUCGAGUACUUGACCAAUUUUCCAGGUGACUUGAUCAUGACAUUAAGGAUUCUAAAGUAUCUAAUUGCCGUAGAAAGCAAGUCAGAUUAUCGUGAAUUAAAGAGUGACUAUUAUGCAAUUUUGCUGUAUCAUAAUGACGGUCUAUUAACACUCUUGUCUGUCCUCGAGAAAAUUUCAACUCACUUUGAUCAGCCAAUGAUUCAUGCAUAUCUAUUUGGAGCCAAUCAAGGAGCAUUAAUGAUGAAAAUUGUCCAUCCAACAGUUCAAAUAUUAAGGAAAAUGCUCGUUCAAGUGAUUGAGUCAAGGAAUGUAAACUUCAAGGAUAUAACGGCGAUAGAGACACUGCUAAAAACUUACACAUUAAUGCACAGCAUUAACUCACGAUGUUCAAUUUAUAAGGAUGCAAAGGAUGUGCAAAAUGAAAUCAUUAAAAUACUUUUAACAUACACGCAAUCAUUAAGUCCGGACGUGAUGAAUACAACAAAUAUUCAUAAAAGCUUAUGGACACAAAUGUUUGGUGAAAUUAUCAAGUACACACUAAAUGGACCGCAUAGAUUUAUAUCAGGAUUAACAAUUUUAAGUGAAUUACUUCCACUACCUCUGCCAAUUCCGAUACAAUCAAAUGAAAUAAAUAAGUUAGAAGCACAAAGAUUAAUCACGGAACGGCAAUUGUGGAGUGCUCAUUUACAUCCACAAAGUCAACUGAUUAUGGAAAUGAUACAGACGUUUUGUAUAAGUUGUAGCACAGAAUUAUUAUCAAUAUUGUACAGUGUUUGUGUUCAAUUGUCGGACUUGGCACCGAAUAUGACAUUAUUAGUGGCACGAUCGGUUGUUGAUAUGAUACUCGCGGAGGCAGCUGAGAGAAAUAAUGAAGGAUCUGUGACACUAUCGAGACUCUUAAAGUUCCUAGCAUUAUUAGUGCGUCAUGCUUGCAUGAAAGUCUCUGUACUGUCUAUUUUAAGUGGUAAAUUGGCUGAAGUUUUGUCACAUUUACUGAGGAUAUCCAAUGAUGGAAAUAGUGAGCAUGUUCUGUCUCAAUUCUAUGUCUAUAUGCUCCUUCAAUAUCUCUUUGAUAGUGAAAUAUCAAUGUUGACUGGAUCCGAUCAUAAUCCCGAAUUAAUUCUUGCAAGUGGCUUACCAUUUAAGGAACACAUAGCACAAUUUGCUGACGAUGUUGUUGAUAAUUUUACAAAGACUAGUGCUGAAAAUUUGACAUAUUCAUCAUUAAGACUCAUGACAUUAAUGGCUGAACAUGAUGUAACAUUAAAGUUUCUCAAGAAUGCUUUGAGUAGCAAGGACGAAAAGUUUGUUGAGCGUCUCAAUUCGAUUGCUGAAAAGUGCAAGAAUGAUCGAAAGUACAUGCAAGUCAUACCAGACGUAAUGGAACUGCUCAGAUCACUUGUGAAUAGCGAGAUAAAUGAAAUGAUAUCGACACUUCCGCAAAGAACAAUCUCUUUAAGCAUCAGUGAGCUUGCUAAUGUCCUUAAAUGGAAUUCUGAUGAAUAUAGAAAUGGAAACAAAAUUCACUUUCUGCAAGUCUUUAAAGCUCUCGUGAAUGAGACAGACGAUGAAACGAGAGACUUGAUUAAAGGAAUCGUUCCGACUGUAAAAGUUGAUCUUGACUUAUUGCUUGACCAAUUGCGUGAGACAUCAAAGAAUACACAGGAUGUUGUUGUGUCUACUGACGAUGAUGUAACUUUAUUACAAGCUGAAGGAAUUGUCACUCAAUUUUCGUCCAGAAUCCCAUAUUAUGUAAGCGAUAACAUUGAGGAAAUAACAAUGGAUUAUUGGAUGUUAAAUACAUGUAGUGCAACUGAUAUGGAAGAGCUUCAAAUUAAUGAUCAAGUUAAAUUCGAUAUGGACGAGUUUAUACGCGAAUGUUUGCCAACUGAGACUGAUAUAAAGUCUGAUUGUAAGAGGCUGCUUGCAUUAUCAUCCUCACCUCAAAGCAAUAGAGAUAAAAAUCAGCCUGGUCUGUGUUUCCGUACACGACGAAUCGAAGUUGCAACAUCUGAAACGAUACCUGGACGUCCUGAAAAGAAGAUUUUCAACAAAUUUCCAACACGCGGACGAGGAUUUUCACGAGUCGCAAUUCGAGGGGAUAUAUUCAGGUCUAGACCUCCGAAUACAUCCCGUCCUCCAUCUUUGCAUGUUGAUGAUUUCGUUGCUAUGGAAAGUGGUGGACAAUCGUCUUACAAUAAGCGUGAAAUCAUGUCAAAUCCACGAAGUCGCGGACGAGCUUCCUUUAUUCGUGGUGGCAGAGGAUCAACGAGUUUUAGUUUUCAUAACAGCCCGAGAGGACACAACACUUAUCCACGAAGUUUCCGUGGUGGCCGACCGAUCAGAAGAGGUAGAGGAUUUCCACGUUAA